AUGGCAUCAGCAACCGCAGGGAGGCUACUGAGAUUCCUCACCUCUCGGAGCCACAAACAUCCACCACAUAAAUGGAAUCAAAUCAAUAACUCAGCCAAUGCUUCUGUUCCUGCUCUUAGAUUCGUCGUCCCCAAUCUCCAUAAUUCUCACCCUCUUACUCUUCGUCCUCCUCAUUCGCUUUGCCUUCCUCCUCUUCUUCCUCGCCUUCCUCUUUCUUCUCUGCUCGGACCUUGUCCACCUCCUCUUCGACAUUCUCUGCCCCUCAUGACCACUCCCCAGGCCGCCGCCUCUGAUUCCUCCCAGUCGUCCUCCUCCGCCAAAACGGUGAGGUUGGUGAUAAAGGGGAGAGUGCAGGGUGUGUUUUACAGGGACUGGACUGUGGGGAAUGCAACCGAAUUAGGCUUGAAAGGUUGGGUUCGGAACCGGAGAGAUGGGUCUGUGGAGACACUGCUUUCUGGGAACCCUGAUGCGGUUAAAGAGAUGGAGCAGAGGUGUCGCCGUGGCCCUCCAUCUGCUGUUGUCACAGGGCUAGAGGUUUUUCCUAGCACUGAGGACCCUGGCACUGGAUUCGAGCGCAAACAAACGGUCUGAUCAACUCUGUUCCUUGUGAAAGUUUCAAUAUCCAUUUCCUACUUUAGUUAGUUGUGUAGUGUUUAUCAUAAUAUAGUUUAUCCUUCCAAGUUGUGAACCCUUAGAGGACCAAUGUGUUAUCUGGUUCCUGCUUAAAUAAUGUAGCACGAAGUGACUUCUUAAUACACGUCGGUUCCUAACUUU